AAACACAUCAGAAGAUGGAAGAUUUGGACAAAGUCCUUCCGCUCUCAGCUCUACAGAGCCAUGUGCUGCUAGAUGGCAUUGCCAAAAGUCCCACAGGCUGGCUGAAAAUUGAAAAGGUGGACUCAUGUGGUCACUUCAUCAGACUGCUGAACUCCUCUCCUGAUCGCAACUUGGACUUGAGUGGAUACUUCAUCCAGCAAACCAUCGGGCGUCACCCGGUGUCACUGUACCGCUUUCCCAGGCGCAGCUGGCUGCCAGCAAGACAGCACAUCACAGUUUGGGCAGCGGACUCUAAGGUGGGAUCUCCUCAGCCCACAGACUUUCUAUGGGACGGGCUCCCCAGAUUUCGCACUGGACCCGAGUGUACGACACUGCUGUGCAGUCCUAGUGGUCGGCCUGUGGCCUGGCGCACGUCAUCUCACCGAGUGUCUCCGGAGCUCUGCCAGGACGACCAGGAUGAUGAUAUAGCGCCUUCCUCCUAUCUAUCUCGCAAACACCAGGCAACUGAAAAAUGUCAGCCUGCAGGGUCCAGAGAUGAACCGCACUAUCCGGAAGAACCCCACCUGAAAUCUCCCCGGGUCCUGACAAGUCGAUGCCAUCCUAAUCGAAGAUCCUCGCUCUGCCCGACUCGCUAUGAAGUUGGCCCAGAUGUCGAAGCUGCCACCAAGGAAGCUGAGAAGUGUCUUGCCCGCCACCCCAGUUUGCUUGCACUCCUUUCAACUCCUUCAGCAGGGUCUGUCACACAAUUUUAAGUGACCUUUGCUGUGUACUGCGAUCAGAAGAUCCUUGACAAAGGGACGGCUCCGAAACCCAUCUGCGAUCUACUCCUGGUCUCUCUGGUAUCGACGCACACGUCCUGCCCUCCU